AUGCAGCAGCAGCAGCAGCAGCAGCGGCGGACCAAGCCAGCAGCAGCGGUUCAGCCAGCAGCAGCCAGCCAGCCCUUAAAGCAGCGGCAGUCCAACCAGCCAGUCAGCCAGCCAGGCACAGCCAGCCCUCCAGCAGCGGCGGUCCAACCAGCCAGCCAGCCAGCCAUCCAUACAGCCAGCCAGACAGGCCUCCAGCAGCAGCAGCUGCUGCAGCUACAGUCCCGGCAUGCAGCAGCGGUCCAGCCAUUCAGUAACAGUAUAGCUAUGCAGCAGCAGCAGCAGCAGCAGCAGUUCCGGCCAGCAGCAGAGGUCCACAGCAGCUACUGCAACAGCAGUCCCGGCCAGCAGCAGCGGUCCAGCCGUGCAGUAACAGUCCAGCCGUGCAUCAGCAGCAGCAGCUGUUUCGGCCAGCAGCAUCCAGACAGCCCACCAGUAGUUACAGUCCAGCCAGCCAGCCAGCCCUCCAGCAGCAGCAGCAGCAGCAGCGGUCCCGGCCAGCAGCAGCGGUUCUGCCGGCAGCAGCCAGCCAGCCCUCCAGCAGCGGUGGUCCAGCCACUGGCAGCAGCCAGCCAGCCCUCCAGCAGUGGCGGUCCAGCCAGCCAGCCUGCCAGCCAGCCAGCCAGCCAUCCAGCCCUGCAGCAGCAGCAGCGGUCCCAGACAGCAGCAGGGGUCCAGCCAGCAGCAGCCAGCCAGCCUCCAGCAGCGGCAGUCCAGCCAACCAGCCAGCUAGCCAGCCAGCCAGCCAGCCAGCCAGCCAGCCAGCCCUCCAGCCGUGCAGCAGCUGCAGUAGAGAUGGCAGAAGCCAGCCAGCCCUCCAGCAUCGGCAGUCAAGCCAGCCAGCCAGCAAACCAGCAAGCAAGCCAGCCAGCCAGCCCUCCAGCAGCAGCAGCAGAAGCAGCAGUGGUCCCAGCCAAUAGCAGCGGUCCAGUCGGCAGAAGCCUGCCAGCCCUCCAGAAGCAGCGGUCCAGCCAGCCAGCCAGCCAGCCAGCGAACCACCCAGCCAGCCAGCAGCAGCAGCAGCAGAAGCAGCAGUCACGGACGGCAGCAGCAGUCCAGCCAUGCUGUAACGUUCCAGCCGUGCAGCAUCAGCAGCAACAGCAGUGGCCCCAGCCAGUAGCAGCAGUCCAGUCGGCAGCAGCCUGCCAGCUCUCGAGCAGCAGUGGUCCAGCCAGCCAGCCAGCCAGCCAGCCAGCCAGCCAGCCAGCCAGCCCUCCAGCAGCAGCAGCAGAAGCAGCAUUGGACCUGGCCCACAGCAGCGGUCCAGCCGUGCACCAGCCAGCCCUCCAGCAGCAGCAGCAUCAGUCCCUGAGAGCAGCAGCUGUCCAGCCGGCAGCAGCCAGCCCUCCAGCAGCGGCAGUCCAGCUAGCCAGCCAGCCAGCAGCAGCAGCAGUGGCCCCGACCGGCAACACUGGUACAACCAGCAGCAGUCAGUCCUCCAGCAGCGGCGGUCCAACCAGCCAGCCAGCGAGCCAUCGAUCCAUCCAGCGAGCCAGCCCUCCAGCAGCAGCAGCUGCUGCAGCAGCCAGAAAGCCGGCCAGCCCUCCAGCCGUGCAGCAGCAGCAGCAGCAGUCUAGAUGGCAGAAGCCAGCCAGCCCUCCAGCAGCAGCAGCAGAAGCAGCAGUGGUCCCAGCCAGUAGCAGCGGUCCAGUCGGCAGCAGCCUGCCAGCCCUCCAACAGGAGCGGUCCAGCCAGCCGGGAAGCCAGCCAGCCAUCCCUCCAGCAGCAGCAGCAGCAGCAGCAGCAAGCAGGGGACCUGGCCAGCAGCAGUGGUCCAGCCAGCAGCAGCCAGCCAGCCAGCCAGCCAGCCCUCCAGCAGCAGCAGCAGCGGUCCCAGCCAGCAGCAGCGGUCCAGCCGGCAACAGCCAGACAGGCCUCCAGCAGCGGCGGUCCAGCCAACAAGCCAGCCAGCCACAGCAGCAGUGGUCCCAGAUAGCAGCAGCGGUCCAGCCGGCAGCAGCGAGCCAGCCCUCCGACAGCGGUGGUCAGCCAGUCGGCCACCCAGCCAGCCAGCCAGCCAGCCUGUCAGCCCUCCAGCAGCAGCAGCAGCAGCAGUCCCGGCCAGCAACAGUGCAACAGCAGCAGCAGCAGCAGACCCAGCUAGUAUCAGCGGUCCAGCCGGCAGCAGCCUGCCAGUCCUCCAGCAGUGGCAGUCCAUCAAGACAGCCAGCCAGCCAGCCAUCCCUCCAGCAGCAGCAGCAGCAGUCCCGGCCAGCAGCAGCGGUCCAGCCAUGCAGUGACAGUAUAGCCGUGCAGCAGCAGCAACACCAGAUCCGGCCAGCAGCAGAGGUCCACCAGCCAGCAAGCCAGCCAGCCAACCAGCCAGCCCUCCAGCAGCAGCAGCAGCAGCGGUGGUCCCGGCCAGUAGCAACGGUCCAGCCUUGCAGAAACAGACCAGCCAUGCAGCAGCAGCAGCAGCAGCUGCAGCGGUCGCGGACAGCAGCAGGGGUCCAGCUGUGCAGUAACGAUCCAGCCGUGCAGCAGCAGCAGCAGCGGUCCCAGACAGUAGCAGGGCUCCAGCCAGCAGCAGCUAGCCAGCCUCCAGCAGCGGCGGUCCAUCCAACCAGCCAGUUAGCCAGCCAGCCAGCCAGCCAGCCAGCCAGCCUUCCAGCUGUGCUGCAGCAGCAGCAGCAGUCUAGAUGUCAUAAGCCAGCCAGCCCUCCAGCAGCAGCAGCAGAAGCAGCAGUGGUCCCAGCCAGUAGCAGCGGUUCACAGCAGCUGUCCAGCCGGCAGCAGCCAGCAAGCCCUUCAGCAGCGGCGGUCAAGUCAGACAGCCAGCCAGCCAACCAGCCUUCCAGCCAGCCCUCCAGUAGCAGCAGAAGCAGCAGCGGACCAAGCAAGCAGCAGCAGUCCAGCCGGCAGCAGCCAGCCAGGCCUCAAGCAGCGGCGGUCCAACCAACCAGCCAGCCAGCCAGCCAGCCAGUCAGCCAGCCAGCCCUCCAGCAGCAGCAGCAGCAUCGGUCCCUGAGAGCAGCAGCUGUCCAGCUGGCAGCAGCCAGCCCUCCAGCAGCGGCAGUCCAGCUAGCCAGCCAGCCAGCCAGCAGCAGCAGCAGCGGCCCCAACCGGAAACACUGCAGAGGUCCAGUAGGCAGCAGCCAGCCAGCCCUCCAGCAGCGGCGAUCCAGUCAGUCAGCCAGCCAGCCAGCCAGCCAGCCAGCCAGCCAGCCAGCCACCCCCCAGCAGCAGCAGCUACUGCAACAGCAGUCCUGGCCAGCAGCAGUGGUCCAGCCGUGCAGUAACAGUCCAGCCGAGCAUCAGCAGCAGCAGCAGCAGCUGUUUUGGCCAGCAGCAUCGGUCCGGCCGGCAGCAUCCAGACAGUCCACCAGUAGUUACGGUCCAAACAGCCAGCCAGCCCUCCAGCAGCAACAGCAGCAGCAGCGGUCCCGGCCAGCAGCAGUGGUCCUGCCGGCAGCAGCCAGCCAGCCCUCCAGCAGCGGUGGUCCAGCCAGCGAGCUAGCCAGCCAGCCAGGCAGCCCUCCAGCAGCAGCAGUAGCAGCAGCAGCGGUCCCGCCAUCCAGCCCUGCAGCAGCAGCAGCGGUCCCGGCCAGCAGCAAAGGUCCAGAUGGCAGCAGCCAGCCAGCCUCCAGCAGCAGCGGUUCAGCCAGCCAGAAAACCAGCCAGGCAGCCAGCCAGCCAGCCAGCCCUCCAGCCGUGCAGCAGCAGCACCAGCAGUCUAGAUGGCAGAAGCCAGCCAGCCCUCCAGCAGCAGCAGCAGCGGUCCCAGCCAGCAGCAAAGGUCCAGAUGGCAGCAGCCAGCCAGCCUCCAGCAGCGGCGGUUCAGCCAGCCAGAAAACCAGCCAGCCAGCCAGCCAGCCAGCCAGCCUGUCAGCCCUCCAGCAGCAGCAGCAGCAGCGGUCCCGGACAGCAACAGUGCGGCAGACCAGCCAGCCAGCCAGCCAGCCAGCCAGCCAUCCCUCCAGCAGCAGCAGCAGCAGUGGACCUGGCCAGCAGCAGCGGUCCAGCAAGCAGCAGCCAGCCAGCCAGCCAGCCAGCCCUGCAUCAGCAGCAGCAGCGGUCCCGGCCAGCAGCAAUGGUCCAACCGGCAGCAGCCAGCCAGCCCUUCAGCAGCGGCAGUCCAGCAAGCCAGCCAGCCAGCCAGCCAGCCCUACAGGAGCAGCGGCAGCAGUAGCAGUGGUCCCGGCCAGCAGUUGGGGUCCAGCCAGCAGCAGCCAGCCCUCCAGCAGCGGCGGUCCAUCUAGCCAGCCAGCCAGCCAGCCAGCGAAUCAGCCAGCCAGCGCUCCAGUAGCAGCAGCAGCUGCAGCAGUGGUCCCGGCGAGCAGCAGCGGUCCAGCUGUGCACCAGCCAGCAAGCCAGCCAGCCAACCAGCCAGCCCUCCAGCAGCAGCAGCAGCAGCAGCAGCAGCAGUGGUCCCGGCCAGUAGCAACGGUCCAGCCUUGCAGAAACAGACCAGCCAUGCAGCAGCAGCAGCAGCAGCUGCAGCGGUCGCGGACAGCAGCAGGGGUCCAGCUGUGCAGUAACGAUCCAGCCGUGCAGCAGCAGCAGCAGCGGUCCCAGACAGUAGCAGGGCUCCAGCCAGCAGCAGCUAGCCAGCCUCCAGCAGCGGCGGUCCAUCCAACCAGCCAGUUAGCCAGCCAGCCAGCCAGCCAGCCAGCCUUCCAGCUGUGCUGCAGCAGCAGCAGCAGUCUAGAUGUCAUAAGCCAGCCAGCCCUCCAGCAGCAGCAGCAGAAGCAGCAGUGGUCCCAGCCAGUAGCAGCGGUCCAGUUGGCAGCAGCCUGCCAGCCCUCCAGCAGCAGCGGUCCAGCCAGCCAGCCAGCCAUCCCUCCAGCAGCAGCUGCAGCAGUGGACCUGGCCAGCAGCAGUAGUCCAGCCAGCAGCAGCCAGCCAGCCAGCCCUCCAGCAUCAACAGCAGCAGUCCGGCCAGCAGCAGCGGUCCAGCCAGCCAGCCAGCCAGCCAGCCAGCCAGCCAGCCAGCCAGCCAUCCCUCCAGCAGCAGCAGCAGAAGCAGCAGUGCGGCAGUCCAGCCAGCCAGCCAGCCAGCCAGUCAUCCCUCCAGCAGCAGCAGCAGCAGCAGUGGACCCGGCCAGCAACAGCGGUCCAGGCAGCAGCAGCCAGCCAGCCAGGCAGCCAGCCCUGCAGCAGCAGCAGCAGCGGUCCCGGCCAGCAGCAACGGUCCAGCUGGCAGCAGCCAGCCAGCCCUCCAGCAGUGGCAGUCCAGCAAGCCUGCCAGCCAGCCAGCCAGCCAGCCAGCCAGCCAGCCCUACAGCAGCAACGGCAGCAGUAGCAGUGGUCCCGCAGCAGCAGCUGCAGCAGUGGUCCCGGCGAGUAGCAGCGGUCCAGCUGUGCAGUAACAGUCCAGUUGUGCAGCAGCAGCAACAACAGCAAUACUCCAGGCCACUAGCAGCAGUCCAGCUGGCAGCAGCAAGCCAGUCAGCCCUCCAACAGCAGCUGCAGCAGCAGUCCCAACCAGCAGCAGUGCCAGCCCUCCAGCAGCAGCAGCAGCAGCAGCAGCAGCAGCAGUGCCAGCAGCAGCAGCAGCAGCAGCAGCAGCGGUCCCAGCCAGCAGCAGCGGUAGUGCCGGCAGCAGCCAGCCAGCCCUCCAGCAGCGGUGGUCCAGCCAGCGAGGCCACUGGCAGCAGCCAGCCAGCCCCUCCAGCAGUGGCGGUCCAGCCAGCCAGCCAGCCAGCCAUCCAGCCCUGCAGCAGCAGCAGCAAUCCCGGCCAGCAGCAAAGGUCCAGCUGGCAGCAGCCAGCCAGCCCUCCAGCAGCGGCGGUUCAGCCAGCCAGCCAACCAGCCAGGCAGCCAGGUAGACAGCCAGCCCUCCAGCAGCAGCAGCAGAAGCAGCCGCAGUCCCAGCCAGCAGCAGCGGUCACCCGGCAGCAGCCAGAAUGCCCCCCCGCCGGAGCGGUCCAGGCAGCCAGCCUAUCAGCCAGCCAACCAGCCAGCCAACCCUCCAGUGGCAGCAGCAACAGCAGCAGGAGACCUGGCCAGCAGCAGUGGUCCAGCCGGCAGCAGCGAGCCAGCCCCCCGACAGCGGUGGUCAGCCAGUCGGCCACCCAGCCAGCCAGCCGGCCAGGCAGCCAGCCAGCCUCAACAGCAGCAGCAGCAGUCCUAGCCAGUAGCAGCGGUCCAGCCAGCAACAGCCAGCCAGCCAGCCAGCCCUGCAGCAGCAGCAGCAGCAGCAGCAUUCCCGGCCAGCAGCAGCGGUCCAGCCGGCAGCAGCCAGCCAGCCCUCUAGCAGCGGCAGUCCAGCCAGCCAGCCAGCCAUCCCUCCAGCAGCAGCUGCAGCAGCAGUGGAUCCGGCCAGCAGCUGCGGUCCAGCCAGCAGCAGCCAGCCAGCCAGCCAGACAGCCCUGCAGUAGCAGCAGCAGCGGUCCCGGCCUGCAGCAAUGGUCCAGCCGGCAGCAGCCAGCCAGUCCUCCAGCAGCGGCAGUCCAGCAAGCCAGCCAGCCAGCCAGCCAGCCAGCCAGCCAGCCAGCCAGCCCUACAGCAGCAGCGGCAGCAGUAGCAGUGGUCCCGGCCAGCAGUUCGGGUCCAGCCAGCAGCAGCCAGCCCUCCAGCAGCGGCGGUCCAGCUAGCCAGCCAGCCAGCCAGCCAGCCAGCCAGCCAGCCACCCAGCGCUCCAGUAGCAGCAGCAGCUGCAGCAGUGGUACCGGCCAGCAGCAGAGGUCCAGCUGUGCAGUAACAGUCCAGUCAUGCAGCAGCAGCAGCAACAGCACUGCAGCAGCAGCAGCAGCGGUCCCAGAUGGCAGCAGCGGUCCAGCCGGCAGCAGCCAGCCAGCCCUCCAGCAGCGGCAGUCCAGCCAGCCAGCCAGCCAGCCAGCCAUCCCUCCAGCAGCAGCAGCAGUGGACCCGGCCAGCAGCAGCGGUCCAGCCAGCAGCAGCCAGCCAGCCAGCCAGCCAGCCCUGCAGCAGCAGCAGCAGCGGUCACGGCCAGCAGCAAUGGUCCAGCCGGCAGCAGCCAGCCAGCCCUCUAGCAGCGGCACUCCAGCCAGCCAGCCAGCCAGCCAGCCAGCCCUCCAGCAGCUGCAGCAGCAGCAGCAGCAGCAGUGGUCCCGGCCAGUAGCAACGGUCCAGCCUUGCAGAAACGGUCCAGCCGUGCAGCAGCAGCAGCAGCAGCAGCAGCGGACCAAGCCAGCAGCAGCGGUCCAGCCGGCAGCAGCCAGCCAGCCCUCAAGCAGCGGCAGUCCAACCAGCCAGUCAGCCAGCCAGCCAGCCAGUCAGCCAGCCAGCCCUCCAGCAGCAGCAGCAUCGGUCCCUGAGAGCAGCAGCUGUACAGCUGGUUCCGCCCCCACCUACCUUUUAUAA